AUGUCGUCCACCGACGCAGCAUGCGAAAAGACGCCGUCCACAUCGUCGCUCGGCCUGUUCAAUCUGUCCGGUAAAACAGCUUUGCUCACCGGUGGAACUCGCGGCAUUGGUCAAGCGUGUGCUGUCGCGCUCGUCGAAGCCGGUGCCUCCGUCAUCCUCGCAGUGCGUCCCGGAACCAUUUCCUCUGGUGCCCAUCCAGCGCUAGCACCUCUCACCUCUGUACCCAACCAGUCCUCGACCCAAAAGCACUCGACCGUCGACGCCGAUCUCUCGGACCUCGCCCAAGUAAAGACGCUCUUCGACCGAGCCCUCACGCAAGCCCCCACCUCUGCCAUCGACAUUCUCAUCAACUGCGGCGGCAUCCAGCGUCGACACCCAUCCACCGACUUCCCCGAAUCGGACUGGGACGAAGUGCUCAACGUCAACCUCAAGGCCGUCUGGCUGCUCUCGCAGGCCGCUGGCCGACACAUGGUGCCGCGCCGCUCCGGAAAGAUCAUCAACUUUGGCUCGUUGCUCACCUUCCAAGGCGGUCUCACUGUCCCUGCUUACGCCUCCGCCAAGGGUGCCGUGGGUCAGCUGACGAAAGCGCUGAGCAAUGAAUGGUCAAAACACAACGUCCAGGUCAACGGCAUCGCUCCGGGUUACAUUGCGACGGAUAUGAAUGAAAAGCUCUUGGCCGAUCCGACGAGGUUGAGACAGAUCAGCGAGAGGAUCCCGGCGGGCAGGUGGGGUGAACCGGCAGACUUCAAGGGUCCGUUGCUGUUCUUGGCUAGUCAGGCGAGUCAGUAUGUCAGUGGUGAGAUGUUGGUUGUUGAUGGUGGCUGGAUGGGUCGUUGA